CUUUUUGUAAAAUAAAAAUAGAGAAUGUAAAUUAUUAGCAUUGGCAACACUGCUUAGAGAAAGUUGCACGAAACCACGUGCGGAGAGAAAAUCUAACCUCAAAAAAAGCAGGGAAGUUCUAACGAGAAUAUUGGUUUGCUAUCAAGAUUGUUUGCAAUUUUAUAAAAAUAAUAGACAAGAUUUGUUUGAUUGUUUGACUUUUGUAAAAAAGAGAAUCAAGUGCAAAAUACAACGAGAUUAAAGUUUUUAUGUUUUAUAUGCCUAUAACAUAAUAUGUUAAGUAAAAGAUUAGGUUGAUUAGGCAUCUCUGAUACGAAAAAAACGGUCGAAGUUUUACGUUAUAUUAUCCAGCAUUUAUUAAAUUUUCGAAAUAAAAAUGAAAGUGAAUAUCAUUCCUUGUACUACAUGGGUGAAAAGAGGCGUCGCCGCGGCUGUUCCGGAAAAGGUUGAACUAAAAGCCGACGAACUUGAGAAGAUUAUAAAGGAGACACAAGCCGAUUUAGGAAAUGACAAUUCUGAUGAAGAGGAUUCUGACGUUAUGUCAAAAGUUGCCUCACAGUUUAAUGUAGAAAGUAAUGGUGAAUCUUCGACAGCUGACAUUGAUGAAUAUAAUUUUAAAACUUAUGACAAUGAAUCUGAAGAUAUGUAUUGCCACAUUACUAAUUUAGCCAGUUUUGAUGGUAAAGAUCCUCUUGUAACAAAUGAUGAAGAUGAUGAUUCAGACAAAGAAGAUGAUAUUAUCAAAGCUGAUGAUAAUUUGGUAUUGAUCGGACAUGUUGAGGGAGAUGCUAGUAUCUUAGAAGUAUUUGUAUAUAAUGAAAGUGAAGGUUCUUUUUAUUGUCAUCAUGAUAUAUUACUGCCUUCCUUUCCAUUAUGCAUAGAGUGGCUUAAUUAUGAUCCUGUCGAUCCAAAACCAGGUAAUUAUUGUGCAAUUGGUAAUAUGACUCCUAUAAUUGAAAUAUGGGACUUGGAUGUAGUAGACUGCUUGGAACCAGCUUACAAAUUAGGCUGUAAACCAAGUAAAAAGAAAAAGCAAAAACGCAUUGGUCACAGAGAUGCAGUCCUAGAUGUAUCGUGGAAUCAUAAUUAUAUACACGUUCUUGCCAGCGCUUCGGUCGAUCAGACAGUCUUGUUAUGGGACUUGGAAAAUUGUAAACCUGUCAAUAAACUAGAUCAAUUUAAUGAAAAAGUGCAAACGCUGAAAUGGCAUCCAUGUGAAACUCAUCAGUUAUUGACAGGAUGUGCAGAUAAAUUAGUAAGAUUGUUUGACUGCAAAAAUGAAGUACUUGCUAAAAACUGGACUGUAUCUGGAGAAGUGGAAAGGGUGUUGUGGAAUCAUUAUGAUCAAAAUUACUGCUUUGCUAGCACAGAUAAUGGUUACAUAGAGUAUUUUGAUAUAAGAGAAGACAAACCAUUAUGGCAAAUCAAGGCCCAUGAAAAGGAAAUCACAGGCCUUUCUCUUAGUACGUCAUGUCGAGGUCUUUUGAUUUCUUGUUCAAAUGAUGGUAUAAUAAAAAUAUGGGAUAUUCUGGAUCAAAAAAAUCCUACUCUUAUAUGGGAACAAACGAGUAAUCUGGGUGCUAUACAAUGCCUUGCAGCGAACCCAGAUAAUGGAUUUGUAUUUGCUGUUGGCGGGGACAAUAAAGAGCACAAUUUUAAAGUACUGGAUCUUGUAGAGAUACCCAUAGUACGAGAAAGAUUUAUCAAUGGGAAACGCGUCGCAUCAAAAAGUUCUGCGAUGGAAUUCAAGCAAGAAGAAAUGAUGGACGUCACUGAAGAUAUGGAAAAAAUGGAAGUGGAAAGUAUGGAAUCUUCAAAUGUCAAACGGAAUCGUCAAAUGAAAGAAAAGAGUUGAGAUUAAGUUAUAUAUAACAAUUAAAGUUUAUUAAAACCUUAAUUAUAUCAAAUCGAAACACUAAAGUUUAGAAACUGUAAAUAAAUGAUUUCUGCGAUUUCUUUUAUAUAAAUAGCUGAUUUGGUAGUAUAAAAAUUGGUAGAUAUAAAGAUGAAUGUGUCUAUUCGGUAGGCUGAUUAUUAAAACGCGCUCGUGUUUAUUUCU